CACAACUACCGGUCAAUAAAACACCUAUAAUUAGAAACAAUUCAACGUACCCCCACUCCUAAUCAUUGAAACGGGAAUAAUAUUGUUUAUGCAGGAAAAGGUGAACUCUCAUUGCUGGCAAUUAUUGCCAUUAUUGCUGCGAUUUCUGUCUGUGCGAUGCUAUUCGUUAUGGGCUACUGCUUCCUCAGGAGAGCAAGAAAGAAGUACAAUGCCAUACAGGAAGCUGCUAAUGGUAUUACAAGUACUGUAGAGUCAUUGCAAUUUAAUUUUGCUACAAUUGAAGCUGCCACCAACAACUUCUCAAAUGAUAACAAGCUAGGUGAAGGUGGAUUUGGUGCGGUUUACAAGGGAAUACUUUCUGAUGGACAAGAAAUAGCUGUAAAGAGGUUAUCAAAAAGUUCUGGACAAGGAGUAGGAGAAUUUGAAAAUGAGGUUAUAGUGGUUGCAAAACUUGAACACAGAAAUCUUGUAAGGCUAUUGGGAUUUUGCUUAGAAAGAGAGGAAAAAAUACUUGUCUAUGAAUUUGUGCAGAACAAAAGUCUCGACUACUUUCUAUAUGGUUUGUCUCUUUAUUGGAAUAUAAUUUUCUUGUAUAUCAAUAAGAAAUCAGGUCAUUUUUCUUCCAACUCCAAGAAUAAAGACUUGCAAAAAGCUGUUCCCCUUGAGACAAUUAGUUUCCACCCAUGCAACCCACACGGAUCCUGCUUGUGUAAACAGGUUCUAAAUGUGGUUUAA